GUUCAUGCAGAUUUUUUUUUCCCUGUAAUUAUUUUAUACUCUUUGUUUUUUAGGGGAGUUGGUUGCAUUUUUGUGGAAAUGAUUCAAGGAGUUGCUGCUUUUCCAGGAAUGAAAGAUAUUCAGGAUCAGCUUGAAAGAAUAUUUCUGGUUCUAGGAACUCCAAAUGAAGAGUCAUGGCCUGGAGUUCAUGCGCUACCACAUUUCAAGCCAGAUCGCUUUACACAGUACAGUGCUAAAAAUCUUAGACAAGCCUGGAAUAAAUUAAGCUACGUGGAUCAUGCAGAGGAUCUGGCUUCCAAAUUACUCCAGUGUUUCCCCAAAAACAGAUUGUCAGCACAGGCAGCUUUGAGCCAUGAGUACUUCAGUGAUCUUCCUCCACGGCUAUGGGAUCUAACUGAUAUGUCAUCUAUUUUUUCUGUAUCGAAUAUAAGACUGCAAGUGGAAGCUGGAGAAAGCACAAAAGCUUUUGGGAAAAACAUUUAUGGCAAAGGUCAAUCACAUGUAAAACACUGAAGAGAAUUUUGAUUUCCUACAAAUAAUUGAGGAAUUAAGAUCACCAGACUAGAGGACAGAAAAAUACAAACAAGAUAGUCAACAUUAUAAAGGCACCAUUAUCUGCUUCCUUUGUUGGAUUUCAAUCACAAGAAAAAUUAUGCUGACAAGAUCUGGUUCCCCACUCCUUCUCAGUUUAUUUAAAGUACUGCACGUAUUUUGAUACAUUGUGAUUUGAGAGACAUUUGUGAAGAUUAAGCUAUUUGCUUUAUUGAUAUGUGGCAUAAUUGGCUUUUUUCUCUCAGUCUUUUGUGUUUGUUUUUAUUGCUUUUAAUUCACUGCGGUAUAAAUACUUGUGUGAAAAUAUUUUAGUUUCACCAGCAAUGUCUUAAAUAUAGUAAGGCAACACCUUUCGUGUUCACAAUUUUCUUUAUAUUAUCUGUAGCUAAAAGACAGUCAUGGCAUGAAACAAUGUAUGUAUUCAUUGGGAAAUCCCGCUCAUUUUUCAUUUAUCAGAAUUCUAAGCUGAAACAGGUAACAGGUUGGUUGUGAAAGUCAAUGUCUUAUAAUUUUGCUCAUUUUUUUAUUGCUAGUAAAUGUAAUAUUCUUUAAUUUAACCAUGGCAAUAAAUGCAUCUUAGCUAGAAUUUGGGUAUUCUGCCUAUGUUGAAUAAAGUGGUAUAAUGGGCAUAUAUAUAUUCAGAUAUUUUACACCCUUGUGAAAAAAGGGACUUAAUGCUCUACUGUUUUUGUGAUUAUAUUUUAACUUGUCCAUACGUCUUGCUUCAACAACAUUUUCUAUGAAGGAAACUAGAGAAGAUGAAGAAAAAAAUGAGUUUACAUUUGGAAAAGCACUAUGACAGUGCUGAGUAACACUAUGACUAGUUGCUGAAUGAGCCAUUAAAAAUAUUAGCCUUGAAUAACCAUCCAAAUUUUGAAUCCAAAUUCAAAAUACUUUUUUUUUCUAAUCAAAGGACUCUUCCAGUUAUUUUUAUAAGGUAUUAAGAUGGUAGGGAGAAAAGCACUAUAUUAUGCAUCUCCAUACAGCUGGUUUUCCUGUAUAAUUAGUAGAUUGUUCAUUAAUAAUGGAUUGUUAUUCUCCCUGUUCUAAAAGAGGGUGGAAAGGAAAUGGAACUAGUGAAGGCAAUGAUUGGAUUUGCCUACUACAUACCACCCUAACGUGACUAGUAGAAUGUUAUCGUAGAUGGGGAAGAACAAAUUCCCCUGAAAUAGUAUAACAGAUGCCUAAGAAUAUUCAUUCAUUCAUUCAUUCAUUCAUAUAUACAUACAUAGAUACAUACAUAAAUUCGAUAAUGGCAUCUUAAUACUUUUAUAAAUAAAAUCUGGAAAACGGAUAUGUUUUAUAGUUUGUGUUUGCUCUGUAAAUUGAAAGCAUGUUAUUACUUGGAUCUGGCAAAUACUUGAUUUUGCAAAAUACUAAUUUUUAAUACAAGGGAAUUUUUGUCAGUAUGAUUUUAUUAUUACACUAUUCCCAACAAUUAUAUAAUUAAAAUAAAUGUUUCUGUCCUUCCAGAACCAGUUUUGCCACCUUUCUUUAAAACUUUAUAGCCAUGGAAACAAGUAAUCAGAAAAUCCAGUGAAACAUUUUGGACUUAACAAAAAUGCUUUAAUCUUUAUUUGUUUUCUGUGUGGUAUUUUUCAAAUUAAAUCAUAUAUUCAUUUAAUUAUUUCAAGGUGACUUUCUAAAAAAAAUCUCAGCACUGUAAAUAAUGGAAGAGGAAAGAAAAUUAGAGAAUUAAACAAAACUAUCAAAUGAAGAUAGAUUUCUGUAAAUUCCUGCAAUACCUUAAAGAGAAAUGGAAACCAUUUCUCUCUAUGUUAAAUAUACAAUGGUAUCAUGUAAAAAGUAACUCACUGAGUUAUUUCCUUCAAUGGACUAAAUGCCUAGCACCUUAUUAUUCACAAUAAAUCAAAUGUUUAAGACAUAUACUUAGAUUUUUGUCUUUCAAAAAUAGUUCUUAAUGUCAUUGAGAUGCCAAUCAACUAAAAUAUCAGCUCUUACAGACUGAAAAUAAUUAUUGAAUUUCACUUCUAAUAUAAAUUCUUGAUAUAAAAGGAUUGGAGGGGGGGGUUAGGAUUUGAAGGCUGGCAAUCCAUCUGUUAAGAGUAGAUUCAUUAGUAAUUCAAUUUUCUCAUCUUAAUUAACCAACCAAGAAACACAUGAAAAACAAAAAGGGAGUCAUUGGUGGCUCCUUUUGCAACUUCUCCAAAGCACAAUCACAACCCUUAGAAGUUAGUAGAACUAAAGCAAUCUGCAGAAAAUAAAUCAAGAUUUAUUUUAGGUGAUGUUUCAAAAUUCAAAAGAAAGUAAGGGUUUUGGAAUCAUUGUACAUGGAAGACAAUAUGUAUAAAAACCAAAUCCACACAUUUUUCAAUAUCCUUUCUAUUUUAGUUGCCCCUGUUCUUUUCUGUCGAAUCCAGUGUAAUUGUCUUUAGUAUCAGUCCACACAUAUACACUAAAAAGAAAAUGGUGCACUGGGAAAGAACCCUCUAUUUUGUUUCUUAAAAUUACUAUAUGGUUUUCCUUAAGGAACUAAAAUUAUGGGAAAAGAUCAAUUACUUGAAGUGGAUAAAUAUAAGUUGGCUAAGUUUUAUUAUGGUUCUAAUUUUAGUGACAGUGAUGAGAAAUUAUCACUGGAAUGUAAAUAGAAAGAAGUAUGUACCUAUAUUGCGAUAUCCAACAUUGUGCAGUGCAAUUAUGAAACUGCUUGGGGGAAAAAAAUCAGUGUUCUGCUCUUCUUUCUUCAAAUCUAUAAUUUGGCAAAUAGUAAUUAUACAAUUUUAUUUUCACCUUUCUUCUCUUUUAGCCUAUAAUAGAAACCUGCAUAAGUGUUACCCUAAAGUAUCUUCCAGGUUAGAUUAUAGUCAAAAUAUGGUUACUUCUUUCAUCAUGCCCUACAUAGCCAUUUCAUUACUCUUAUUUCUUUGCAGAUCGGUUUAGGCAAAACCAUGCAACUCUUAUGUUGGAAAUAGAAAGGCAAUUCUGAAUGAUUCUGAACAAUGCAUAACAAGGAAUUUUACAUUUUGCAACUGUUUGUGAUUGUGCAUGGAUUUUGCAUCUAAUACUUGUGCUUUUGACUACAACAGGAGUGUAUGCUAACUCUAAAAGAUCCUGCCAUAUCAUUUGUACUUCCUAUUUCUCCUAAUUAUGUAAUGUUUAUGACAACUCUGAGCCUUUCAGAAUUUCAAUAAGAGCCAAAAUUUAGUACAGUUUCUUAUCCACUUUUCUGGUACUUAAUUCAAGAUUACGUAUUUUUAAUUUUCAGUGUAUAUGUUGAUUGUGACCUGGUAUAUAUGUUACUGAAAUACAUAUCUGCUGUUUUCCCAUAAUUGGGUUCCCUAUUUUUCUAAUAAGAUUUGAAUGAUUAAUUGGAUGGAGUCUUAGCCCAUUUGUAAAUACUAUGCAAUCUAACCAUUCCACAUAAUAGUUUCUUUGAAGUGCUAUCGGAGUGGCCAAGGACUUAGUAGUGGAAUAUGACAGCCAUGGAAAAAACAACCAUGCUUGCAUUGGACGUCUCUGGUUGGUAUUAGAAGAAAAAAUGCUUUCCAAUACAUCCAAUUCUUUUAAUUGAACUCCUUAUUUUAGAAAGCUUCUCAAUGAGAAGAGAGGGGAUACUUUGAAACCUAAGAAGAGAAAAUGAUCACCUUACAACAAAAGAUAAGAGGAACUCUACUAUAUGAGAAAUGUAGAAAUAGUUAUAGAAAAUUGGUCUACAGGGUUUUUGUUACCAAUGUUACAUUGGAAAAUUGAUUCAAUAUGACUCCCAUCUGAACAGCUCAAAUAUGCAGAGCACCUGGGUCAUUGCAAAUAAUGUAUAAAUUGUCUGUUAGAAAUACGGUUAAACAAGCACAGGAAAUAUAUAACAACGGUUGGGGAAGCUUUGGAUCAGUCUUGCUUUCAAUAUGUAAAUGACCUUUGAAUAGAUAUUUCCAAUUUUUUUGAUUAAUAAGAAAUGUUGCCCCUCUCAGCAGUGAAGGCAAUGUGAUCUUUUGAAUGUGUGCACACACGGACAUAAAUAUAUGGUGAAUAUAGAAUAUUUCUCAAAAAUAUAUUAUUACUGUUUUUCUAAGCUAAUAGAAUAAAUGAGAUUUGGACUGUACAGAUUCAUGUGGAAUAUGGAGACCAUAUAAAUAGAAGUACAUUCCAUUCUUCACCAGAUCAUGACACAAAUCUUCUUUUGACAAAAAAAGAGGCACUUAUCUAUGUUGUUGCCUUGCAGUAUUUUUAGAGCAAAAACUGAAAGAUUGCAUUAAGAUAUUCCCUAAUCUCAGAACAGGCAGUUCUGCAGUGCUACCUACAAAAUUUUCCCUAGUUGAGAUUCUUUAUGUGCUCUUUUUAACAGGGGUUUGGUAAUCAAAUAUUAAUAUUAAAUACAUAUACAUAAUAUAGCCACAUACUUUAAUGACAGCUUAGUCAGCAGUAUGGUUGAGUAAAUGUUACAUUGUUUGUAUUCAAUGUGUAAUUUGUCUUACUAUGAACAAUGUAUGGUUUGUCAAGUGUCAACUGUUUUCAUUUAAUAUGAUACUUAAUAAAGUGUAACAGGAUUUUAA